GCCAUUCCAAUUCCAUCUUUCCCCCCUUCUAUCGAAAGCCAGGACUGCUCAAGGCUCUCCCUCCUCCCUUUCCCUCUCACAUCUCAGUAGCAGACACACUUUGCAGUCUCUCCCUCGCUCACACACACGCUUGCUGCAGCAGAAGCCACAAAUCAGACUGGUACAGCACCGGACGGCAGGGGAAAAGAACGUCAAAACAAGCGAUUGAGUUGUGAAUAAGCACGGCGACCACAGAGGUGAAACAUGCAACCGUAAUAGGUUGUUGACGUCUACAGUUAAUAACCUACUUUAACAGCACUGUUCCUUUCCCUGGGCUUGUCUGGACGACUAAAACACAAAAAAAGGCAGCAUGACGGAAGGAACAAGGGAGUGAAAAGGAAUUGUUACCCUUCCCACACAGUGGGAAACUGGGAGGAGAAAGGGGGUUGGAGGUCAGGUGGUUAAAGCUGCUCUCCAACAGAGAUAAAACACAGACUUGGGGAUGUUCUAGAGCCGCACUGAUUCUGCAAAGGACAGAUGCGCAGCGAGAGGAAAGAGGGGUCUGAAUACCAAUAACUGCAGAGUAAAGAGAAGAGACUGGAUACUGUCCUGGGAGAAGACUGAAGGCUGCAAUUAGUGAAUAGAUGGAGGGUAAACGCUACGAAGCAGACUGAAAUGUUUCACACAUUUCAAAUAUUUUGUUAUCUAGGAAACAUAAGCUUGUCAUCUCUGAAAGCCUCGGGGCUCAUGCUUGAAAAACUACAUCUGAUUAUUUCGAUUCAUGCUCCAGUUACCAGAACGAAUCAAUGGACUUGGCAUCCUGAACAGCAUAAGCAGCAAACUUCUGUCAAUGGAUAACCAGCUCAACAAUGCCUAAAUCCAAAUCACAAAUAUCACACCCAUACUCUCCACCCCGCUCAAAAUCCUCUCGGAGGCCCUCUCCAAAGCAACAGUCUCUAAAAGGUGUCCACCCGGAAAUAAACCUGUUAUCUCCUAUUGAACUCAAGCCAAAAGUCACCAGCCCUUCCCUGAGACCCCCUGCCUGCUCUAUGACCCCACAGACUGUAGUCUGGCUGGCCGUGGUGACCUGCUCCUGUGUGUUCUCUGCUCUGCUGGGCCCGGGCGUGUCCGCUGGAGAGACCUGGGGCAUGGUCUCCAUCUGUCCCUUCCACUGUGUGUGCCGAAACCUCUCAGAGUCUCUGAGCACGCUCUGUGUCAACAAGGGCCUGCUGUUCGUCCCUCCUGACAUUGACCGGCGCACAGUGGAGCUCCGUCUGGCUGACAACUUCAUCCUGGAGGUGGGCAGAGUGGACUUUGCCAACAUGUCAGGCCUGGUAGAGCUAACUCUGUCCAGGAACACCAUCCAUGCCCUGAAACCUCUGGCCUUUGCUGACCUUGAGAACCUGCGUUCACUCCACCUGGACACCAACCGGCUGACCGUGGUGGGGCCAAAAGACCUGUCCGGCCUGACUAACUUGCAGCACCUCAUCAUCAACAACAACCAGCUGACCAACGUCUCCACUGAAGCAUUUGAUGACUUCCUGCAGACGCUGGAGGAUCUGGACCUGUCCUACAACAACCUGAGGAAGGUCCCCUGGGAGGCCAUCCAGAACAUGGCCAGCCUGCACACUCUCAACCUGGACCACAACCUCCUGGACCACAUCGCCGAGGGAUCGUUCGGAGAACUCUACAAGCUGGCUCGUCUCGACAUGACGUCCAACCGGCUGCAGACUCUGCCCCCUGACCCCCUGUUCUCCCGCUCCCAGACAGGCGUGGUCAGCCCCACCCCCUACAACGCUGUCAUCAGCCUGAGCUUCGGUGGGAACCCCCUGCACUGUAACUGUGAGCUGCUGUGGCUGAGGCGGCUGAUCCGCGGGGACGACAUGGAGACGUGCGCCACUCCCGUCCACCUGGCUGGGCGCUACUUCUGGUCCAUUCCAGAAGAGGAGUUCACCUGUGAGCCUCCGCUCAUCACACGCCACUCCAACAAGCUGUGGGUGCUGGAGGGCCAGAGGGCCACGCUGAGGUGCCGUGCCAUUGGAGACCCAGAGCCAAUCAUCCACUGGAUCUCCCCAGACGACCGCAUCGUAGCCAACUCCAGCCGUGUGCACUCCUACUACAACGGAACCCUGGACGUGCUGGUGACCCGUGCCCGUGACGAUGGGGCCUACACCUGCAUUGCCAUCAAUGCUGCCGGGGAGGCUACGGCCCUGAUAGACCUGAAGAUCAUCCCCCUCCCUCACCGUGGCAACAACACUGUCCCCCUAACCAGCCCCCGAGGGGACCCUGGGUCAUCAGAUAUCUCCAGUGGGAGAAGAGGGGCAGGCCGGAACAGGAAGGGUGAUGGAGGGGUGGUGACUGUCAAGAACGCCACAGAGGGGGAGAGUGGAGAUGGAGAUGCCAGUGAGCAUUUGGUGGGGGUCCUGGGAGCGACUGCCACCUCUGCCCAGGUGCGCUGGGUCCUGGGCCGGGCCACUGGGCCGUACCUGGUGUGGAUGUACCAGAUCCAGUACAACUGCACUGCAGACGACGCCCUGGUGUACAGGAUUCUGCCUCCAACAAGCAACGCUUUCCUGCUAAAGAACCUUGUGUCUGGAGCCGACUACAGCCUUUGUGUCCUGGCCAUCUUUGACGACGGGCUGUCCACCCUGGCCACCACCAAGGUCCUGGGCUGCACCCAGUUCAGCACCAAGGAGGACUUCCCAGAGUGCCGUUCCCUGCAGGCGCACUUCCUGGGCGGAACACUGACAAUCAUGGUGGGCGGGGUCAUCGUGGUGAUGCUGCUGGUGUUCACCGUGGCGAUGAUGGUGAGGCACCGCGUCUGUGGAGACUGCAGAGACGAGGGUCACUACACUGCCCAUCACCAUGACAACUUCCUGCCCUCCAAGGGAGAAGUGGACGUUUACGCUCAGACCAAUGGGAACGGGAGAGUGAUGAUGGUGGCUCUGCCCAAAGGCAUUCUUGGCCAAAAGGGUAAGCCCCUGCCAUCGAAAACCAAACCCCAAGCCAAGAACAAGCCCAGGACAACGCUUGACUCUGAUCGGCUCAGUGGAGAGAGAAAGGCUGAGGAGCUGAGCGUGAGGGGGAAAAGAUUCCCCCCUUUCACCCCUGAGAGUGAGAGAGUGACACUGUACUACACCCCUGCCAACACCUCCCAGACCUUACCCCAUCCCAGAGCUCACAAGGCCCGGAGACACUCAGGCAAGCUCAAGCUGCGCCGCUCUGAGGAGAGGGAGAAAGACUUGGACAAAAUGGUGGGCUCCAGAUGCAGCCUGGACUCCGGGGCCCAAGGGGAGGAGGGGCGGUUGGAUGACUGGAGGGGCGAUCGUCCGCCACUCGGGAGGACACGCAGCUGCUCCUUUGAUGUGGGCGAGAUCACCACAACAACCUGCUACAGCUAUGCCAAGCGACUGAGUGUGAUAUGGACCAGGAGGAGCCAGUCGGUGCACGGCAUGCUGGUCCAGUGCGCCUCAACGGCCAGUUCAGCGAGCAGCAUGGGCAGCGACCAACAGCCCCCUGCCCUCACACAUGGCUACCUGCACGCCUUCAACACCUCCAACUCUAACUCUAACACCAGAGUGGCUGCCAAAGUUGGAGACCUGGAGGGGAGUGUUGUGUAGGGUGGAGAGGAGGAGGAGAGAGGGACAUAAUGGAAACAAAGACUGAAACUGACAAAAUGGUGGAUGUAAAAGAUAUACAAGCCAUUUGGCUUUAUAGCUAGAAUCCUUAAUUGAAACAAAGCGUUCUCCCUGCCCGUUUUAGCCAAAAAGCUAAGGGAUGGGCCUGGAUAAAUGUAACCGCUCAAAUUCAUAGCGGUAUGGAUGCAAGGACUAACAAUCCAUGAUAUCAAAUGUAUAGUUUUAACCAUGUUUUAAGGCUAUACAGGGUUUGCUUACAUUUAUUUACAAAUUUUGGAGUAAAACAAGCUUAUAUUUUGGGUUUUGAAGGGGUACGACAGUUGAACUAAGCUCACGAGGAAUUUAGGUUACAGUGCAUUCGGAAAGUAUUCAGACACCUUGACUUUUUCCACAUUUUGUUACAGCCUUACUCUAAAAUUGAUUACAUGGUAUUUUUUCCUCAAUCUAUAAAACAAUACCCCAUAAUGACAAAGCAAAAACAGGUUUAGAAAUGUGUGCAAGUUCAUUAAAAAAAUAAUAUAUAUCAUAUUUACGUAAGUAUUCAGACUCUUUACUCAGUACUUUGUUGAAGCACCUUUGGCAGCGAUUACAGCCUCAAGUCUUCUUAGGUAUGAUGCUACAAGCUUGGCACACCUGUAUUUGGGGAGUUUCUCCCAUUCUUCUCUGCAGAUCCUCUCAAACUCUGUCAGGUUGGAUGGGGAGCGUGCUGCGCAACUAUUUUCAAUCGGUUUCAAGUUCAGCCUCUGGCCGGGCCACUCAAGGACAUUCAGAGACUUGUCCCGAAGCCACUCCUGCAUUGUCUUGGCUGUGUGCUUAGGGUCGUUGUCCUGUUGGAAGGUGAACCUUCGCCCCAGUCUGAGGUCCUGAGCAGGUUCUCAAGGAUCUCACAAACAUUUUGCUACACCCGCAAUAACAUUUGCUAUACACAUGUGACAAAUAAAAUUAUUUGUACUUUGGUCCAUUCAACUUUUCCUCCAUCCUGACUAGUCUCCCGGUCCCUGCCACUGAAAAACAUCCCCACAGCAUGAUGCUGCCACCACACUUCACCAUAGGGAUGGUGCCAGGUUUCCUCCAGAUGUGACGCUUGGCAUUCAGGUCAAAGUGUUCAAUCUUGGUUUCAUCAGACCAGAGAAUCUUGUUUCUCAUGGUCAGAGUCUUUAGGUGCCUUUUGGCAAACUCCAAGCGGGCUAUCAUGUGCCUUUUACUGAGGAGUGGAUUCAGUUUGGCCGCUUGACCAUAAAGGCCUGAUGGGUGGAGUACUGCAGAGAGGGUUGUCUCCACAGAGGAACUGGAGCUCUGUCACCGGGUUCUUGGUCACCUCUCUGACCAAGGCCCUUGCUCUAGGAAGAGUCUUGGCGGUUCUAAAUUUCUUCCAUUUAAGAAUGGAGACCACUGUGUUCUUGGGGGCCUUCAAUGCGGCAUACAUUUUUUGGUACCUUUCCCCAGAUCUGUCCCGACACAAUCCUGUCUCGGAGCUCUACGGUCAAUUCCCUUGACAUCAUGGCUUGGUUUUUGCUCAGAUAUGCACUGUCAACUGUGGGACCUUAUAUAGACAGGUGUGCUUUUCCAAAUCAUGUCCAAUCAAUUGAAUUUAUCACAGGUGCACUCCAAUGAAGUUGUAGAAACAUCAAGGAUGAUGAAUGGAAACCGGAUGCACCUGAGCUCAAUUUCAAGUCUCAUAGCAAAGGGUCUGAAUAUUUCUGUAAAAAAGGUACCUGUUAAUUAAAUUUUAAUAAAUGUGCAAAAAUGUCUUAAAAAAACUGUUUCCCCUCCCCCCCCCAAUUUUAGAAUGAUUCUUGAAGAAUAUACAGUGGAAUGGGUGUAUAUCAUUUAUUUUGAUGUCCGAAAUGGAUGUAGCAACCAAUGAUUCUAGAUUUCUUAAAAGACAAGGACAUACAUUUAAAAGCACAAAAUGCAUUGCACAAGGAACCUAGCACAUGGUGAAGAAGAUAAGCCACGUACGGUGUGGGCAGAUGGGAGUGAUGACAAGUAUAAAAAAUAAAAGUACAACGAAGUCUGCUUUAAUGAUGUAAGAGACUGACUACAACCUGAGACUUCUGUUUCAAUAAGAUAAAUGAAACAAUUAAUGAAUUGCAGUAAAUAAAUCAACCGCUACUCAACAGCAGCACGACUCGACAUUGAAUUGCAAACCGCUGAGUAGAUCAGGCAUCAAAAUGGAUCAUAUGAAAACUGUGACGAUCAGAUGCCAGUCCAGUGAUCAUAUGUUUGUUUGAGAAGGGCAGGAAGCAGCCUAUCGGCAAACACAGAGGAGUUUGUCUUUGAGCUGAGAGAGGAAGAGAGAUAUGGGGAGAAAGAGGGGUAGAGAAGGUGGCUGGGGGAGUAGCUCUGAGAAACCAGUACACAGAAAUAGGCUACAUGUCUAUUGGUGCCAUUUGUCAUAUUAAAUACUACUCUGUAGUGUACAGUCAUACCCACAAAGGCCCUCUGAACUCAAUUAGCAUGAGUUGUGUGAUGGAGUGGGAGGGGGGAUAGUGAGAGAAGGGCAUGCAGCAGUUUCCACUUUUCUUGCCAGAGGCAAACUGGUGCCCUAUUUCGCACAAUUAAAAAGUGCUGAUUGGUGAAUUCACACAAACACAUUGUGAACUCUGCCCAGCGGUGCUCAAACCACUGACCUGCAGUUCUGCAAUCAACCACUGUUCACAUCGUAGAGGACAGAUAUGUCAUGUUCUACUGACAAGUCCCAUUAAUAUCAGAUCUGCAGAUCUGGUUGGCUGUGGAUAAAGUUGAGCACUUUAGACCAGUUCAGGAGUUCCCCGUCUCAGAAAAAGCUCUAACGUCUCCAAUUUAUAGGAUAAGAAAAUGUAAAAAUGUUCAGAGUUCUUUUAGCCAGUCCUGAUUUCAUUUAACCUCGUACCAUCCAACUCAUUCACCAUGGUUGGCUGUUCUCUGCCCCUGCAUCUAAAACCCUACCCUAGCUGUGAGACGGCCAGAAAGAAUAGGAUUUUAAGUGAGUGCUUUGACUUUUUCACCUCAGAUGUAGAGCAAAGGUUUUCCCAUUCACGACUAGAUAUUUGAGUAGAAAAACAGGGUGAUUUAACCUAACAAAAUCUCUUGGACCAGCAUUUUAACCCACCCAUUUGAAUUUAAAAAUCACCAAUCUACUCCCCGUUACAAAGUGGAUAAGACUGACACUCAAUCCACAUAAAACCGACCAACUUUAAUCAAAAAUCCUAAAAAGGCAAUUUUUUUU